GUUGCUGAGUCAGGCGCGACCUCUCUCUCUCCCUCCCUCUCUCUCCCUCCCUCCCUCUCUCUCUCUCUCUCCAGUUGUUCUUUGCCACUUUGUUUUAUGCGCCGACGUCAUUUCAUACGGUCUGGACACCGAGGCGCGAGGCUGCUCCCCCUCUCUCCCCGUCGCUAAUUGUGUUUCCUACCGACUGACUGACAACUUGUUUGUCUGUUAGCGCAUUGGCUGCCCAUGGGCGCUGCUGUUUACACACUCUGCUGCUCCGCCGGCUGGGCUGUCCGGUGCGCCUCUGCGGUCGGUUCGGGACGGUAUCGGGCUCCGCUUUUAUGAAUGAAUAACGAGACGGGGGGGAAAUGCAAGUGACUGCGAAACUCCCCAGCAGCCGGGCUCCCGGGGGUCCAGCCACCGAUGAGAGGGAUUAACGACGGAGCGGAGCCGCGGCUCAUUGCGGAAAAGCCGACUGCAGACUGGCGUGGAAACGCACCGCGAGGGAAACGGGCUACAUAGCGUAGAGCAGCGGAACAAAACCGCGGCGACCACAAUGUCCAUCCACAUUGUGGCUCUGGGCAGCGAGUGCCCUGGAGGAGUCGGGCCCGGGGAGGAGAUCAUGGGCCAGGGGCAGCUGCAGGGAGGCCUGCUGUGGAGCUACUUGGGUCACGGGGCGCUGGUGGGACCCUGCGACCUGGAGAGCAGCCUGCACAACCCGGCCUUCAUGGAGUACACCUCACGCGUGUUUGGGGAUGUCACUGUAGUGGUUCGGGAUUGUCCCAGCUGGGACUUGUUGGACAGCGACUGGGCCAGCGUACGGAAGGUUCUUGAGCAGGCGGACAUCCUGGUCAUUAAAUAUUCAGUCACUGACAAGCUGGCCUUCCAGCAGGUCAGGAACGGCUACGCCCCGAGACUCCGCCCGCUCCUGAGGCACUGGGGUGUGCCUGUCAUCCUAGUCGCUGUUGGAGCACGGCUGAACGAUGAAGGCCCUCCCUGUACGUGCCCGCUCUGUGCAUCUGACUGGAGCAGCUGUGUGCCUCACAGUGAAGGUCUGCAGCUGUCCCGGGACCUGGGGGCCACCUACCUGGAGUUGCCCUCUCUCAACCACGUCUUCGUGGGUCGCUAUUUCGGCAGCGUGGUNGAGUACUUCAUGAUUCAGUGUCUGAAACACAAAGCCAAAGAGAGGCCAGAGAAGAGGCGAGGAAAUAAAGUGAACGAGCUUCGUCCCCCUCACUUAGAACAACCAGCACGUCUUCCCCCUAUCAGAGUAGAGGAAUCCAGUUUCUCCCAGGACAUGCAGUGGUUGUUGGAGCGUGGCGUGCAGUUCGCCGAUGUGGCUUUCUACGCCGGGGAAUCUGGGAAAGAACUGGGGUGGGCGCAUGCUGCUGUGCUGUGUGCUGUCAGCCCAUACUUCAGACAGCUGCUCCUGGGGCCCAAGAACAGGGAACGUCCGCAGUCGCGGUGUGUUUGCAGAGAGCGCGAUGGAGGCCCUCAUUCGUUGCUCUCCACCUGGGAUGGGGGGAUUAUUGAUGACAUGCCACGAUCAGAAGGGCACCUGACAGGACGCCUCUCUCGUCUGGUGGUGAAGGACCCCCUCCUGUGCAUGUGCUUGUGGGAGACUCUCAUGUUCAUUUACAGAGGAGCGUGGGAGUGGGACCACCUCCAGGAGGCCCUGGAGGAGAAGCUGAAGAAUUCGCUAGCUGUGGCUCAGCUUAUGGAGCGCAUACGAUCCCUCAUCGGCAGAGACAGGGGCCCCAGGGACACCCCAAGUGCCCGAGCAGCUCAGCUCGGACCCCAGACGCUCGUCAACCUCUUCAAUUCUCCUCUUUACUCUGAUGUCAUCUUCAUGGUGCAAGGGAGUGUAUUGCCAGCUCACCGAGCAGUACUGGUGGCACGCUGUGAUGUCAUGGCAGCCAUGUUCAGCGGGAAGUAUGCAGAGGCCCGGAGUCGAGUGGUGCCCAUCCACGGUGUCUCCUCGGACACCUUCCUGUCUUUCCUGGAGUACCUCUACACUGACUCCUGCUGUCCUGCCAGUGUUCUGCAGGCCAUGGCUGUGCUGGUCUGCGCCGAGAUGUACCAGGUCAAACGUCUGCAGCAUCUGUGUGAAGUGUGUGUGUGCGCUUACCUUCAGAGCAUGCCCAGUAGAGAGCUGUCAUCAACAGGUAUCAGCGUGAUUCGACUACUCCGCCGAGCAAAGUGCCACAAUGCAGAGCAGCUGUAUGUCUGGCUCCUCCACUUUAUCGCCAACAACUACCUGAUCUUCAGCCACAAACCUGACUUCCUGGAGCUCUCAGAGGAAGAGCGCGAGCAGGUGGAGAGGCUACGCUGGCCAUCCAGAGGCUACCUGCAGGAGCUCAGCGAGUACCAGCAGCGGCGACGCAAACUACGCAAGUCCCGCUGCAUAGUCAUGUGACCGCCACCUGGAUGGCAAAAUCUGAGGAAAACAGGGGGGGAGAGCAGAGGAGGGAGACCAGGGAGAAAAUAAUGACAGAGUGAGACUAGUCAUCAACGCUUGGAGAAACAGACAGAAGAAAAGGUUUUUUCUGUUUGUCCUGCUGGAUGAAGGGGCGGAUCCUCAAGGACACUUUUGCAGAGGAAAAUGUCAUAAGACUCCUUAACCAAUGGGACAAAGUCGGCGAGCAGUGACAUAAACCACUGUGACACACCUCUCUUCCCCCGAAGGAAUGACUAGGCAUCCUUUGCAUAAUGACUAUUCCAUCAUGGGCAAUACAAAAUGACUGAUCCUUAAAACCCAAUGUGAAUUUAAAAUGACUGGCUGGACUCCGGCCAGAGGCUCUGUGGCAGAUUGUAUUUCUAUUGGCUGAUGCAAAAUGGUGGAUUUCGAAGAUGAACAGUGACAUAAAAUGGCUCCAUUACGAGUACAGAUAUAUCAAAUGACCACACAUCUGUUGAAACACCGAUCAGAAUCAUGUGCACACCGUUUCAAACUACAGAAACAGGUAACGUGAUUUCAGGUUGACUAAGCAGGAAGGAAGUUGUGUUUUCUCUACUCGACACCUGGGGAUGUCUUUGUAUCUUCUGUACGCUGGACACAAGACUACUCAUUUUAAAUUAAACCCCGACCCAUGAUGCAUUUGUGUUCCAUUGGAUCUAAAAAUUGUGAGCUUGUGCACAUGCAGCAUUUCUUUAAGCUGAAAUAACUCCUGAGCCUCGAACCUCUUUGUGGCUCGAUCAGUAUUUCAGCCGAACCACGACCUACAUUAACACCGAGAGCAGAGUGGAAAGAAAGAAAGAAACUCAGUUUAGCAGACAAGCAGGACCAAUUUAAUUACAGCUCUUUUAUUAGAUUCCUUCAGGUCUAUAAUGCAACAUCAGCGAGUGUCUCUGAACCAGACUGAUUUUAUCACAACGUGAGAUUUAAUACAUUUUGGUUGUAGUCUGUGUUAAGGCCAUCUCACCUUUAUUCAGAUGUGGCUCGAAAUUUAAUCUUCAAACUAAACUACACAUAGUCUGUAUCAAAAUUAAAUGCUUUAUACACCAAAUCCAAAACAAUAAUCAACAAUAAUAAAAUGUAUUUUUAAAUUUGAUUUAAAGUCUGUGAGCUGGACUUUCACACCAUUUCAUUUGCCGGUUAUAAUGUAAUCAUGAUGAAACUAAUCCUCAUCUAUUUGCAAUAACAAAUAAUAAUGCUCUAUCUCUGUCUGUCGCACAAAAAGGCAAAAGCCUUUUGUAGCAUUUACAUGUACAGAAGUGGUGUAAAGAUUUAGGAAAAACAACCAUAUCAUAAACAUAUGUUGGUACACUAAAAACCACAAUGCCUCUGGGUAAUAUAAUAUACAAUAUUUAUUUUAUCCAAUUCUUUUUAAUUUGAGAGAUUGUUUUUAAUCAUAAAAAGAAUAUGAUUUAUUGGUGCUGGAAUCAUUUUUGUAAACUCUACUGUAUGUGGACAUGAUGAUGACAUGAUUACUUUUCUUUCUUCUUUUUUUUUUACAUUCAGAGUAGAGACAACUGUCACACUGUUUUACAGUCUACUGUUUCACUGGUAUUUACUUAAAAAGGUGCAUGAUUAUAAAACACCUGAGGUGCAGGAAGACGAAACAGGUAAACCUUCAACAAAAUGAAGCCAAAAAAAGGUGGACAUUAUGCAGCUCUUUCUUAUUAGGUGGAUCAAUAGCUGUCUUUAAUAGUCAGCAAACAGUAUGUAACUGUAUUUGCAUCCAGUUUGUGCAGUACUUUGGCACAGGUGGAGCAGCAGGCUGUGUAUAUAGUACAAGAAAGCUACCACUUUGACAGUGUACAGGUGAUGUCAGUUAGUAUCUUUAAGCCCCUGGUGUAUAUUUAACCUGCUGCUGCACAUUAAUCAGAGAGUGUGUCUCCUGAGAAAUCCUCAGAUAAAUCCCAAUCAACUCGUAAAAAGAGAGUCAGUAAAUAACGGUUGAAAGACUGGACUGUAAAACAGAGCGUACUCCAGUGCUGCAUCCAUACCCAGUGUGUGGAGACACAUGUGGCUCCCCUGGGCCACUGUUGUACAGACUGUAGAUAACAUGACGUCUGACUUUAAAUAAAGACAUGUUUUAGAAUGAA